AUGUCAACUUUCAACACGUCGCCAUGUCAAAUUUCAAUGCGUCGUCAGGACGAACCUCUGGGACUUUACUCUGCACAUGAAUUGGGAAUGCAGAGCACGUCCAAUACGAAGCGAGGCCCUUCUGGAGUUGCUGCACUAACAGCUCCCAUCUUCACGCCCUUGGAUAUAAAGACUUUAUUUGCCCCUCUCCAUCAAAGCCAAAUAUGGGCUCAUGCCCUUCGAGUCAGAGGUACCGAAGACCGCAAUGCCCAGAUUGCCAAUGGUGGAGAGCCUGCUCCCCCCGCUGAUCAUGGGGGAGCUGACUGUGUCCUCAUGCAGCCUAGCAAAACCCGUUCUCGAAUGGAGACAGCUGGGGUUACAGCAAGAGUUGAACAGUCGCUUUUGGAAUCUAGUGCUGCGUCGGCACCCACUGUCGCUGUGCCAAUUGCAACAAGGAAAACCGCUCCCACUGCGCAAACCACGGUGACCACCGCUCCCGGUGCACUGGACCCUGUGGUGACCAUGAUUCCUGAACCAGCAUCAGCUACCAAAGAUGACCCUCCCCCUCGGGUGACACUCUUAUCCUUGGCCGAUUUCGACAACGAUGAGAUCGAAGCAAUGAAUCAAGAACUGGAAUCACGCGAUACAGCCUACCGCUUCUCCUAUCUAGAGGGCAGGUACAGGCAAUACCAUGGUCGUCGCCCUGUGAAGGGGCCGCGCAGUCCAGCGGAUGACUGCACUAUGAUGCAGGAUGACGAAACUCUCUGCUGGGUCCCCAUUCCGGCUGGAUAUACAGCUCCACACACCCCAGAAGAUUACAUCGAGGCGGUCAAUGACUUUUGCAAACAAGAUCAUCAAUGUGUGGCUUAUGCCCACCCUGAGGCUCGCAAGGCUUUCAAUGAACUCAACCUCUCCCGCCAUCCUGGUGACCCCGAGAUUGAGCUUGAGUUCCUUUACAAUAUAUCAAAAGAGGAAGAAGCAGCGCUGGUUGCAGGGCUCGAGCAAGAUGAAGCCGCCUACAAGUUUAAAAGACCAUGGGAGGAGGGCUUUAUUCGGUACACUGCCCCUCACGACCCUCAAGAUUAUAUUGAUGCCCUAAACUGGGAGAUUGCAGAGGCUGAAACAACUCGCCGUGCUGAGCUCGCCAGUGCCGCUCAAAGGGCUAAGUGCAGGGGAGGUGAGGACUGGGAAGCCCCCGAUCCUAUGAUAGAAAGUGACUUGAGUGGCUCAGACUAUGAAGAAACUUGGCGCGACAAGGAGACAGAGAGGGCUCGGCUCAGGUCAAGGGGAAAGCCUGCAACGGACAUGGAGGAGGAGGAUGAAGAAGAAGAUCGCGAGAUGCAGCGCGAAUUGCAGGAAGAGAUGAAUUCGAAGGCAUCUGGAUGUUCCAAAGGUCUCGCGGCAGCUCAAAGUAAGAGGACCAGCUCUGACAACAAAAAAACUUCACCGAAUCCAACCAUUUCACCACCAGCCGGUAUCUCUUGGGAUGCACUGAAGGCUUCCCUGUCGCCCUCUGAACUCGAUGCCUCUGCAGUGUUGAGAAGUUUCAACCUCAACUUGAUGCCAGAGGAGCUAAUUCCCAAGGUCGACACUGUUUCAUCUCAGAAGCCUUCUCUCAUGGAGAGUGCGCUGUAUCGAUUGUUCGGCAGGAUUGUAUGGCAAUACGCAGCUUGUCUCAGCCACCUCAAUAGCCGUUCUCCUGAUUUUGUAAUGGAAAAGGCUAAUUUAUUACAGAAAGAGAAGAGGGCCCCCAAUCGUUACAAUGUAUUCAAGACUUUUGCUAGCAGGUCCAAGCCUGACGACGAUGAUCAUGAGGGCUUGCAGACAUGGAACAAAAACCUCAAUGAGGAGUAUAGGAAACUCAUGGAAGGUGCAGACACGAGUGAGGAGAAGGACGAGCGAAUGGCGGAAGCAUUCAAAUUUGUUAAGGAGCAAAUUGCUGAUGAGGGUACCAGUAUUCGCGAUGCAUCUUUGCGCUUUGCGGAGCACCUCAAAACAAUUACAGACAUGAUCACGACCAUCAAACGGCGUGAUCAUUCCUUCGACGUCGCUGGCAUACUUGUCUACAGCGGCAAGAAUCGCACUGCGCGAAACAAGUCCGGGCUCUUUAUGAGCUCUCCUGAACUUCGAGAGCUCUGCAGCAACGAGCAGUGGCCGAUCAGCACGAUCACGGACAUCUUCGUUACUAAAGUCAGGGUGAUGCAUGCCGACCGAAUGAUCAAACAACAUAUGGCAGGAUCCUAUACUGAUGGAGCGUCCACUGAGCCAUCAACGACACCCUCGCAGCUGUGUCAGCCAAGUGCCAGCUCAUCCGCAAGGCUCGCUCCGAAGGUAUUGCUAUUUUACAUUGGAUAA